UCCACAGCAGCAGGAGGGGCGAGGCGGCCAGCCGCUGAUCCACCGGUAUCAUGGAUUCCUAACAGGAGGGGGAAGUGAAUGGGAGGAAAACAAGGAUUUUUCUUGUAUGCCCGACAGAUUAUCAUCCUUUCCAGAACCUGAGAAUGGGACAGAGGGGCCCGGCCUCCCUUUUCGCCCCCCACGGCCGCCCCAAAGGGAUCCAGGAUAUACUUUAAUUUUAUCGGUGAAUUUCCAUUCGUAAACCGUGGAAGAUGGCCGACCCGGCGGAGUGCACCAUCAAAGUGAUGUGCCGUUUUAGGCCCCUGAACAGCUCCGAGGUGGCCAGAGGCGACAAAUACAUUCCCAAGUUUCAAGGGGAAGAAAACGUUAUUAUCUCGGGCAAACCUUACAUGUUCGACAGAGUGUUUCAAUCAAAUACAACGCAGGAACAAGUGUACAACGCCUGCGCCCAGAAGAUUGUAAAAGAUGUUCUGGAGGGAUACAAUGGAACCAUUUUUGCAUAUGGGCAGACAUCAUCUGGCAAAACACACACCAUGGAGGGGAAUCUCCAUGACACAGAUGCAAUGGGCAUCAUCCCCAGGAUAGUUCAAGAUAUCUUCAACUACAUCUAUUCCAUGGAUGAAAACCUGGAGUUUCAUAUCAAAGUUUCAUAUUUUGAAAUUUACUUAGACAAGAUCCGGGACCUUUUGGAUGUGUCAAAGACCAAUUUGUCAGUGCAUGAAGACAAAAACAGAGUACCAUACGUCAAGGGCUGCACUGAGAGAUUUGUCUGCAGCCCAGAGGAGGUCAUGGACACAAUUGAUGAAGGCAAAUCAAACAGACAUGUAGCAGUCACAAACAUGAACGAGCACAGCUCCAGGAGUCACAGUAUCUUCCUGAUAAAUGUCAAACAGGAGAACACUCAGACAGAGCAGAAGCUCAGUGGCAAACUCUACCUGGUGGAUCUGGCUGGCAGUGAAAAGGUCAGUAAAACAGGAGCAGAGGGAGCUGUGCUGGAUGAAGCCAAGAACAUCAACAAGUCUCUGUCGUCCUUGGGAAACGUCAUCUCUGCUCUGGCAGAAGGAACAGCCUACAUCCCCUACCGAGACAGCAAGAUGACCCGUAUCCUUCAGGACUCUCUUGGCGGUAACUGUCGAACCACCAUUGUCAUCUGCUGCUCGCCUUCCUCCUAUAAUGAGGCCGAAACCAAAUCCACCCUCAUGUUUGGACAAAGAGCAAAGACCAUCAAGAACACUGUCACUGUGAACGUGGAGCUGACAGCAGAGCAGUGGAAGCAGAAAUAUGAAAGGGAGAAGGAGAAGAAUAAGACCCUGAGGAACACCAUCAACUGGUUGGAGAAUGAGCUUAACCGCUGGAGGAAUGGUGAAAGUGUGCCAGUGGAGGAGCAAUUCGACAAGGAGAAGGCCAAUGCCGAGGUGCAGGCCUUGGACAACAUCAUCAACGAAAAGCAGGCCUCCACACCCAACGUGCCGGGUGUUCGCCUCACCGACGUGGAGAAGGACAAGUGUGAGGCCGAGCUGGCCAAACUUUACAAACAGCUGGAUGAUAAGGACGAAGAAAUCAACCAGCAGAGCCAGCUGGCUGAAAAGCUGAAGCAGCAGAUGCUGGACCAGGAGGAGCUCUUAGCCUCCUCACGCCGCGAUCACGAGAACCUCCAGGCAGAGCUGAACCGCCUGCAGGCAGAGAACGAGGCCUCCAAAGACGAGGUGAAGGAGGUGCUGCAGGCUCUGGAAGAGCUGGCCGUCAACUAUGACCAGAAGAGCCAGGAGGUGGAGGAUAAGACCAAGGAGUUUGAGGCCAUCAGCGAAGAGCUCAGCCAGAAAUCGUCCAUUCUGUCGUCUCUGGACUCUGAGCUCCAGAAGCUGAAGGAGAUGUCCAACCACCAGAAGAAGAGGGUGACCGAGAUGAUGUCUUCACUGCUCAAAGACCUGGCUGAGAUUGGCAUCGCUGUAGGAAGCAAUGACAUCAAGCAACACGAGGGCAGUGGCCUGAUAGAUGAGGAGUUCACAGUGGCCCGCCUCUACAUCAGUAAGAUGAAAUCCGAAGUGAAGACCAUGGCGAAACGCUGCAAGCAGCUGGAAGGCACCCAAUCAGAGAGCAACAAGAAGAUGGAUGAGAAUGAGAAGGAGCUGGCUGCCUGCCAGCUGCGCAUCUCCCAGCACGAGGCUAAAAUCAAGUCUCUGACUGAGUACCUGCAAAACGUGGAGCACAAGAAGAGGCAGCUGGAGGAGAACGUGGACUCUCUCAAUGAGGAGCUUGUCAAGCUCAGCGCUCAGGAGAAAGUUCAUGCUAUGGAGAAGGAGAAUGAGAUCCAGACUGCCAAUGAAGUCAAGGAAGCGGUGGAGAAGCAGAUCCACUCCCACCGUGAAGCUCAUCACAAGCAGAUCAGCAGCCUGAGAGAUGAGCUGGACAACAAGGAGAAACUCAUCACUGAGCUGCAGGAUUUGAACCAGAAGAUCAUGCUGGAGCAGGAGAGACUCAGAGUAGAGCACGAGAAACUCAAAUCCACUGACCAAGAGAAGAGCCGCAAGCUGCAUGAGCUUACGGUGAUGCAGGACAGAAGGGAGCAGGCCAGACAGGACUUGAAGGGUCUGGAGGAGACAGUGGCCAAGGAGCUGCAGACCCUGCACAAUUUGAGGAAGCUUUUUGUCCAGGAUUUGGCUACCAGAGUGAAAAAGAGCGCUGAGAUGGACUCGGAUGACACAGGCGGCAGCGCAGCGCAGAAACAGAAAAUCUCCUUUCUUGAGAACAAUCUUGAGCAACUCACCAAGGUUCACAAACAGCUGGUACGUGACAAUGCAGACCUGCGCUGUGAGCUUCCUAAACUGGAAAAACGUCUUCGUGCUACAGCUGAGCGGGUCAAGGCCCUUGAAUCUGCUCUGAAGGAGGCCAAGGAGAACGCCGCCCGUGACCGCAAGCGCUACCAGCAGGAGGUUGAUCGCAUCAAGGAGGCUGUCAGGGCCAAGAACAUGGCCAGGAGGGGACAUUCAGCCCAGAUCGCCAAGCCUAUCCGGCCUGGGCAGCAGCCAGUGGCGUCUCCCACCCACCCCAACAUCAACCGCAGUGGAGGUGGUUUCUACCAGAACAGCCAGACGGUGUCCAUCAGGGGAGGAAGCAGCGGUGGCAAGCCAGACAAGAACUAAAGAGCAGCGGGAUAGAAGGACGACACCACUGAAGAAGCCAAUAUCCC